AUGAAGAGGACACUCGCAAGUGCCAAAAGCUCGUUGUAUACACUGAAUAAGACCUCGCGAGCGACAGGGGCUACAAGUACUACCACAACCUCUCUGAAUACAAGCCCACCAGGUAAAGCUGCAAAGGAGGAUUACAUAGAAAGGAUGAAUCUACUUCCAGCGAUCAUGGAGCAUCUCUCUUCAUGCCAAAAGGUCAUUUUUUUCCGGAACAGACCCAGUAUCAACCACUUCCAAGCCCUUACGGACAGCUCUGAUGGUGCACCGUAUGCGUUCGAUGUCGAUCUCCUUCCUAAGCCCUACGAGAUUACCGCGGCGAAAAAACUAGCAAAGGAGAAACGGGAGCGGGAGGUUCGAAUGAAGAGGGUGUAUGGCAAAAUCACUGCUCAGGAAAGGAGACAUAUUCGCGCCCAUGCUCAGCUUCCUCCCGACGCGCCAAAACCUGUGCUGAUCCACUGCGUUGGACAUUGGCAAGGAAUCAACAGUUGUAUCAAAGGACAUUCUCGACGAGAAAUGAAACAAAUCCGGGAACAACACAGGGUCUACGGAAACGUAGCGAUUACAAACGAGUACAAUUCUUCGAAGACAUGCCCGCUUUGUUCCUCCAAAGUCCAUCUUGCUCGUAGGACAGUUGAUGGAAAGGAACGAGUCGUUCGUUUGCAUGGGGCCGUCGAAUGCGUCCAUCCCCGAUGCCCAGCAAGGAGGAUCCCCCACACCACUAGAGGAAGGGAUGCAAACGCGGCGGCGAAUAUUGCUCUUUCUGGGGCAUCCAUCAUCCUCUCAUCUGACCAACAACCACUUCCUCCUUUUCGCCGUGAUACCAAUAACACAAGGUAUAACCUUGCGAAAGAACUCCUAACAGUCAUGACACCAGGAUUGGUUCCCCGCGACUCCAUUCGAGAUGAAUGA